AUGGCAACGAUCCUGUCCGCCCGCCAAGGACAAUUAACAAUGGCGAUCAAUCGCCUCGUAUUAACCUUAAAUACCUAUCAGAACGAAAUAGAUACGCCAGUAGACCUUCCGUCCGAACAAGAUAGCAGAAUCGAGUACAUUACUGGACGGCAAAGGAAGAUAGAACACGCAAAAUCGGCCACUGAACAUGAAAGAAACAGCGUCCAGACCGCGUUGGAUGCUUAUGCCAUGAUGGCAGACCAACUCCAGGAAAACCCCAAUACGCAAGCAAAAGACGAGCUGCAACGCACUGCCAAUAAGAACGUAGAAAAAACAGUUGAGCACCUCGACGAGGCAGAACGCUGCCUCUCUAAGCUCGUCGACUUAGGAAAAACGUUGGAAGACACCGAGACAUACCCACCAAGGGACUCAAAUGUCCAUCCACCUCUGGCGAAUCUGCCACCCAUCCCUAUUCCGAAAUUCAACGGAGGCAUAAGGGAGUGGGAAGCAUUUUGGGGAGCAUUCAAUUACAAUGUGCACUCCCGCCGGAUGGACGACCUCCAAAAAAUGACGUACUUGCUAGACGCCCUUCAGGGAGAGGCAAGAGAAUGCGUCAAACAAUACCAAGUAUCCCAAAGUAGUUAUCCGAUAGUAAUACAGCAUCUGAAGGAAAAGUACGACAACAAACAAGCUCUCAUCCGUGAUUUGCUACAUAGACUACGUACAACAGAAGCAAAGACUGAACGCCUCGAAGAUCAAGAAAAAUUGUGUGAAACUCUUCACUCGAUAGUUGUUCAACUGCAACAAAAAGGGGAACUCAUCGAUACUCUGCUCCUACAGCAAUUACUGUUAGAGAAAUUCACAAAAGAGAUUCAAAGGCAUGCUCGGCAAAAAAGACGACAGAGAGCAGAAGAGGCACGAACUUGCGAACUGCUAAAGGAUAUCAAAGACUACAUAAAAGAGGAACUAGAACUACGGGACCGAGAGCAGGAAAAGCCCACGUCAAGAAUGGAACACAUAAGUCAACCAGAAAGGACGUUUAAAACUACACGAUAUACAUGCUUCUACUGCAAUAAAGGAGGACACUCACCAAGCGAUUGUGAGGUGAUAAGAACUCAACAAGAAAGAGUACAAAUUAUCAAAACUCGCAACCUCUGUUACAAUUGCGGUUCAUCAUCGCAUCAGCUGCCCGACUGCAAAGCGGGCCCGUGCCGAAAUUGCAAUAAACACGGACACCACACGUCCAUUUGUAGGUACCAGUACGGACCGACUGAAUACAAGCCGAGAAAAGGAGGAAACACUACAAGAGACAAAACAAAGGCACCUUCGAAAUUACCAAUUCCCAUUCCAAGGGAAAAGAAGCCAAGUUCAUCAAAAAUCAAUACGGUAACUUCUGAUGAGACACAGCCGGAGGAUACCGUCGUUCUUCACACUAGGAGAGAACUCGCACCCAACAGUCAAAUUUUAGCAGGACAGGUGGAAGUAUUCAAUCCUAGCAAGACGAGACGAGAAUUAACGGAGGUGAUCCUCGAUACAGGAUCGGACCGUUCGUUCAUUACUAAUGCUCUGGCCAAUCGCCUUCAACUACGAGACAGUGAUUCUAUCGAAUUAAACAUUCACACAUUUGGCGACACAAAGCCAAUUACCAGGACAUGCGGAGUCACUACGUUGAAAUUGAGAGAUGCCUUUGGUUCGGAGCACGAAAUUACGGCAACUAGAAUUGAUAAGAUAACACAACCUCUUGAACGAUUCAAUCUAAACGCAGAGGACACAGAAUUUCUCGAGAACCAUAAAAUCAAGCUUUCGAUCAAUCCAGAUCUCAACACUAUAUACCCAGAGAUCCUUCUCGGAUGCUCAGACUCAGUCACCAUGCUUGAUAGCAGAGCAUUUCCGACAAGGACAUUGCCAUCAGGAUUGAAGUUAAUCCCAUCCAAACUGGGAUAUCUCGUGACAGGAACUCUUCACGAUCCAAUUGAUACAUCUAGAGAGAAUGCGUCUCUCAUGACGGAUGCCACACAUGCAUGUCAGCACAUAACGGAGCAGCAGUCAUGGGAAAGGUAUUGGUCAUUGGAAUCAUCAGGAAUCCACGAAUACACAGGACCAAGCGUACAAGAACGACAGCAACAGAACGACAAUAUUUGGGAAGAGUUCCAGAGAACAAUAGAAAAACGGGAAGACGGCUAUUAUGUCUGA